AAUAAAAACCCUCUUCUCAGGUCGUUCUCGUUGAUCUAUUGGAGCUACGAAUAGGCCGACAUCGAUCCGUGGGGAGUGGACUUCGUAAAAGGAAUUCGCAAGCACUCGGCGUAGUUCUCACAAAAAAAAAGGGGGUCGUGUCUUUCAUAUGUAUGUUGCAGAUGCUGAGUUGGUUGUUAUGUGGCUUUUGCCGCUUCGUAUUGAUGACUCAAAGCCUGCAUUUUCUUAUCAUGCCGCUUCACGCUAGGCACUACAUUGUGACGGACUCUCCUUUUUUUUUUUUUUGCCCUCUUCCUUGCAGACCUGCAUUCGGCUCAUUCAAUGAGAAAAUAAAGCGAUAAAGAAAAGAACGAUGCUAGACCCGGACUACCGCGACGACGCUGACGCCCCCGAGGACCCCACGUCCGUCGGCAUCACCGAUUCGGCGAUCGUGUUCCGUAGCCUGUACUGGAACAUGCGGGGAAUAAAAAACCGGAAACGGACGGACCGCCUAAUUGCCGCAACGGCGCCGCGGUUUGAAGACUACGCCGAGGUGAACUGCUCCGCGGUCCCCAAGUCGGAAUUUUCCAAGCAAUUCCGGAAAUUAAACACGUUCUACAAGAAGCUGUACGCGACUGAUGUGGAUCUGCUGGGGAACAUUGUGGUGGGCGGGAUUUUCGGCACGGAAGUGGACGCGCCUGGUAGCAACGUUGCUCCCACAGCUGUCGACGCCUUCAAAUGUUGGAACAUCUUGAGCUACGACCAGCAGACUGACGCCAUCCAAACCUUCGAAACGGAUCCCGACAAUUUCCUGGCCUUUGCGGCAGCAGGAAUCACCUCGGACGAGGUCCUCAAGAUUACCAUAUACACGCCCCCGCGGAAGCGAAAGACCAAUAGGUGGGACGCUGCACACGUGCAGAGACAGUUUACGGAGAUGCUACGCGAGUGGACCAAACUGCUCGAACUUUCCAAGCGGAUUAUCGUUCAGGGCGAUUUCAACUUCAACUACAGCAGCUUCCCAUCUGUCUGCAACCAUACAAACUUUUCCAACGACCACUACGAGCUGUACAUUGUGCCGCUGAUGGAGUGGAUCACGAUCACCGCAAACGCGUCCUUCAUCCCAUUGAAGGGCCCCACGUGCUACUCUUCUGCAACCUCGCCUUCCACCAUCGAUGGCAUCGCCACCCGGGGUUUUACACAUGUCAAGGCCGAGCGUGUACUCCUCAAAACUGAUGGAAACUUCGUAUGGCUUGACGACCCGGAUGGCGAUUACGAUGCGGAAUUCAUCCGCCACUGUUGGGCGGAUCACAUUGCCCUCCUGGGGACGUUUGAGUACGACACCACCGCCACGCCGGGCAUGAACACGGGCCCACAUCCCGACACGGAUCCCGCAGCCGAGCCUGCCCGCCCCCCCACGCCUGCCAUCCCCACAGGAACGGACGCGAGCAACUUCCUCGGUCGCUACGAGGAUUGCCAGGUUCAUGAUGACCAGAUCAACUUUUUUUUGAAAACUCGAGCGGGUGGCGCGCAGAACUUCGCUACAACCAUCACGCCCGCUUCUGAAAAAGAAGCCUUCCCUCCGAGUAGCGGUAUACGAAUAGCUAUGAAGCGGAAAGACGACCGACACGACGCACACACACUACGCCAGGCCCUCUCGGAGUACGCCGCCACACGGCCGCCACCGAGGAACAGCAUCCUGGCCUUCGAGCGGUGGGUUGCUUCUGCCAUGUGCGCUAGCAGGCUGGUCAAAAAAGCAUCGGGGUACAAGAAAGAGAAGAAGGUAGUUGCGGGGGGAGAUGCUGGGGUUGGGAAUGAUGAGGCCCCACCAUUUCCGGAUGGGCCUGUGGACAAUCGCGACGACGUUUCCGAGGCCCACUGUGCCGUCCUGCCUUUCGAAGACGACGACCCGGGCCCAGAUCCCGCGGGACGAGACGACUCCGCUGUUGCUGCGCUCGGCGGCAGCGAAGAUGUAGAUGAGGACUACCGUGAAGCGCGGGAAAGCUUGGCGUUUUGGGACUGGAGUGUAGGAAGUAACUGUGGUACAGGACAGGACGACGGCCUACAACUUGCAGAUGAUGAAAAAAGGGAAAUACAAAAACUGUUCGGCAACACAGCAAAAAUCCGGGAGAAAGUCUGCGGCAGCCGCAAGGGGGAGCCGUUACCGCCGCUCCACGAACUUUUCGACGGCGACACCGUGUAUACCGGUUUGGCGAACGUCAUCGUGGCUGUGAUGCGUUCCCACAUCAUCAAGGGCGAUGUGCUGCGGACCUGGUUUGGCGAGCCCGCCGACAUCUCCCCGGAUCUCCUCACCACCAUCAAGGAGCAGCUAUCCGCGGUAGCAAAAACGGUCCCCCCACUUACGGUCAGCCUCGCACAGGUCCGUAACUUCCUAGCGGACGCAAACCCGGAACUGCGAGGGCCUACCGGCGUCCGGCUCAAGUGUUAUGCCGCAUGCUCCGACGAGGUCUUAUUGGCGUACGUUGACGCCGUGAACCAUCUCCUACUGCGGUUUCAAUCGGUGGGUGCGAGAUACAGCACCGGCCUUAUCGAUGACGAGCUCAAGAUUCUGCUGGUCGAGUUACUGGGUAAAGGAGGCAAAGUUACACAACUAAAAAAGGUGCGAACUAUCUGCCGCGGGGCACCGGGAAUCCGCAUCGCCGCUGGUGUCCUCGGGCGUGAGUUAUUGCAGCUUGCGGAGGCGUUUUGUGUGUGGGGCGUAACAGGCGCUGGAUCCCGACCGAACUCGGCACUAGCGCUGUCGAUCCUUCGUGUCAUCGAUGUACAACUGCAAGCCACCGCGACCCGCUUCUACGUCCAAAUCAGCGAAGACAUAUGCAAUUACUUUAAUUGUAUACCACUACUCUACCUGCUGACGACGAUGCGGCGCGCGAUGCCCCAUCCGACACUCCUACAGUUUUGCUUGUCCCUCAACAUCGGAAAAAAAGUUAUCGGGCGCAACGGCAGCAGCUUCGCGGUUGUGGACAAAUUUAGCGGGGGCAUCCAGGGUUGCACUUUUGUGAUGUUCGCGGGCAUCGCUCUGCAGGCCCGGGUCAACCACCUCGUCCGGCUCUUCAUCCUGGCGUGUUACUCUCCGGCGACGCGCCGCCUGGAAACCGCGCGGAUCCUCCGUGCCGGGAACGCUCUACUGCGCGACCUGCAAAAACUCCAUCACGAUGCAAAAACCUGGACUCCCUACUCCUCCGCUGAUGUCGCUGGACACUUUGCAAACCCCGGCUCACCGGCCUCCGUCCGUUUCCCGCACUUCAAUAUCUUCGAUACUUCAGGCACCACCUACCUCGAGAGCAUCCUUGUUCAGGAAGGGACUUCGGAGACCGCGCUGGCGGACCUCAUCGCCGUGGUGGACGACAAGGCCAUCCUGAUUCUCGCGCACAUCGAUGACAAGACAAAUGGCAACCUGGGGCGUUUAUUCGAGUUCCUGGCCAAAGCUACAGAGCUCUGCUUUCGACACACCGGGCAGUUCUUCUCGCAAUCAAAAUACGAGAUGGUGACCGGGUCGCCGUACUGGAGCGACGAAAAGUGCGAGAAGCACUUAGAGGCGAUGCGCGAACUCGCCGUGAAAUACCUCAACCCCUUCGGCUGUUGCCCCUCGGUCAGCCUGUCCACGAAAUUUCUCGGCUUCCUGUUCAACGCGGGGCAGACUUCGCGGGCGGUGCUCUAUAACCAGAUCGCCCACCGCCUAAAGUACUCACGUGUUUCGGCCGAGCUCGUCUACAAACACAUGCGAAAAAUGAACGGGGCGCAGGUGCGGACACUUUGCAUCUGGGCAUUCCUCUCCUGCGUGCUGCACCUCCUUGCUGUGGCUGUUCGGGUGUUCGAUGACGCCGCCUGGACCGAGCUACUUUUCAGCCUCUCCCACGCUAUCGGCGAAUUUGUCGGCUUUACCAGCGAUGACUUGAAAUAUUUGCUCCAGGCAAACCAAGUUGCGCGGGACGAUUUGCACAAGAUUAUAUUUAGCAAAAAGGUGAUGUGCAUGGUGGACCCACGCCUCAUGGCGUGCAGGAUUCUACGCAAGGGGGCUGCGAAGUGGACGGCGAUUAGCCGGUCAGUUUCGGUCGUGCCGUACGCCACUACGUCGGUUUUCGCUUCCUCCGAUCCCCACCGCUGGUCCGGCUUCGAUGCGAAGCAGCAAACCGUGCUUCAAGAUAUCGCCGAUGCGGACGCGUACCUGUCCGAGCUCCUCAAGGACGUUGCGCCCCCUGUCAAGUCAUGUGUUGCAUUGGGCAGACACUACCCGGACCCUGCGGACGCCGACGCCUCCCUCCGCGCCGCUGAAGACGUUGCAGCGAAAAUUGCCGACCGUCUGCCCUCGCGAAGCCUGCUUGUGCCACUACCUGUUACCUCCGACCCCGCCACCUCCUCACUAGCGCGCAACUACCCCCCACCGAAGUCCCUUCCGGCUACGUGUGCUCCAUUCCGCUGUCCCAAGGGCGCUUUUGAGUUCAUCUUGGACAAGGAAUGUGAACUUGUCGUCCUGUGUGAAGGGAGGCCGACUUUGCGGUACACCACGACCGACCACUACGAGAUCUGCUGUCCGAAGACGCGAAACGCGGCGCGAUACUUGGCCCUGGUUUGCCAUGCGAUUCAUCAGAUCCUGUUGUGUCCGGAUGUGCAGAUGGGACAGCCACAGCUGUUUAUUUACGACCUGUCCACCAACGCCUGCCGCGACCUCGUGAACUACAGACAAUUGUGGUUGCAGCUCUGGUGCUGGCCGGGUGUGGUGAAAAUUUUCGAUGGGCCGCCACGGGGUGAGCGAAAGCUCGACGCUCCCAGCACGAAUGUCCGGAAUUCUCGAUCCACCAUUUUGGAGCUUGCCGCCAGAGAUGUUGGCGUGAGCUGGCCGAUUCGCGACUACCCGUCCGUGCCCAUCGACUUCAAGACCAUCACUGACCACCUCCAUGCGGCUCAUUUCCGGAACCGCGUACACCUGGCAUUCAAGAAAACAAAGCCGGACGCGGCGACAAGCGGCGGCGCCACAGGCAGCCAGGCCGCUGGGUCACAAGAUAUCGCGUCGUCCACGAUUCCCGCUGGACCCGGGCCCCCAUCUGCCGCUGCCGACACGGGUCGCAAUGUCCAGAUCGAGUCGCAGACCGAAGCCCCCGCGGAUGGCGCAUCAGCUGCACAUGGACGCGCGCAACCGGUCGCAAGCUCCAUCAUGCCCCCUCCUUUGCCGGCCGAACCGCUCUCACAGCCGAUGCCCCCCCAAGCCCGACCACAAACCGGCGCACCACGAUCACGGAACGUCAAGGCCCCUGCGAAACCGGCCCAGAAGCAGACCAGCGCCAGUACUAGCACCACAGGAGCCGUGAUGAAAUCCGAUGUCAAAAACAAAACCGGCUCCGCCAGGGCGAAGAAGAAUAAGCGGGUGGAGCCCGCUCCACAGCCACUCGCCUGA